CGGCGCGCACCCGCAGUCGCUCUUGCCAAAGCUGCGCAUCUUGCAACCGCAGAACGCCAGUCAACCGCGUCGCGUAAGCGCGCACGCCAACGAAGCCAUGUCUAUCUCAACGCCAUAUCACCCCUUUGCCCUCGUCGCCGAUGGGCUCGUCUUCCUGCCGACACCAUCCGCCGUGCAUGUGCGCCCGUACCGCGACCUCUUCCGCAAGCUGCACGCCGAAGCGGCCUUCUGCCAUGUCGCUUUCGGGCAAGCGUUUCAACCGAUAUGCUGGACCGACGAUGAGGUCCACGAGUUCCUGCUGAAGCGCGACGCCGCGCUACGAUGGGGUGUGCGGGGCAUGGGCGAUUUUGCGCUCGGGGUGCUUCCCAAGGGCGACGAAGCUCAGUCAGGAUUCGACCCGGCGCGGUCAGGGCACCUGAAAGACUCGAAAAUCGACAUAUGCGUUGUCGAGGGCGAGCAGUUUGAGUCUCUGUCCCAGCUGUUUGACCGGAUCCAGUGGGCAGGCUACACCUGUGUCCGCGACGCGACCACCACAAGCGCCGCUGAUUUGUAUUCAAACGGAGCCCUCGGCUCCAAUGGUGAAGCGUUGCCUGAUUGGCAAGAAAUGAUUGAGCUGCGCUACGGAUUGGACUCCGCGUUUCGUGGCCGCGGUAUCGCAACUCGCGCCGCCGAGGUGGUCAUGGCUUGGGCGGUGGAGGAGCAUGGCGCACGUCGCUUUAUUGCUGACACACAAAAGGUCAACAGCAGGAGCAAGGAGGUUCUCAGCAGAUUGGGAUUCCAAGUCAGCAACACAGACUAUUUCCAGGACGACGAUGUGGUUGAGUGGUCGAGGACGGUCAAGUAGGCUGGGCUGAGGCUAUGGGCUUUAAGGGUGUCUCGACAGAUUCUACUCCAUACUUUCACCUCAGACACUGUACAAAGUGGUACUAUUCUAUCAGGUCCUUAGGCUUCUUACGUAAAAUCUCUAGAAUUUGGAGGAUGGGCUUUGGAGAAUGAACACUGCGGGCUGCCGGGCUGUGAUCGUAUGGGUAUAUGGGCUAUGCGUGUGUCAAAAGCCAAGCUCUUGCCGACUUACAUAGCCACCUGCGGUGAUUGGCAUGGCGAUAUACCCAUCUGCUGCGGUCAUAGGCGACCCGCGACAGGCUGGCCUUAAUGCUCACCUCAGGUACGCGAGGAACCAUCCUAGCAAAUGGGCC